AUGGUUCAAUAUCCAUUUCCGAUACCGAAGGGAUCACCAUUCCCUAUCUCCAACAUUCCGUUCGGUAUAUUUCAUACCGAGGAUGAUCUUGAUCCGCGACCGGGAACCGCUGUUGGUGACCAUGUUUUGGACCUAAGAAUCCUCAUCCGGGGCGGACUGCCCGUAGAUGAGUCUGUGAAAGAAGCACUGGAAUCGCCGUCACUGAAUGCUUUUGCAGCGCUCGCACCUAAUGUACGCAACUCUCUUCGGAAGGCCAUUCAAGAGGCUUUACGAGAUGAGUCUUCCAUAAUCUACCGAGAGGAUACCGGCGUUAUCGCUGCCGACCAAGCUACAAUGCAUGUCCCAAUGAAGAUUGGCGGCUUCACGGACUUUAUGUGCUCACUCGAACACGUCCAGACUAUGGGCCAUAUGGCUGGAUAUAGUGAGGUCCCUCAAAACUUCUUCGAUCUCCCGGCAGCAUACAAUGGCAGAGCAUCAUCCGUUAUCGUCAGUGGCCAGAACGUUACUAGACCUCAUGGUAUCAUUCCCGGGCCUGAUGGUGCAUCGUAUGCUCCCAGCCAAAAGUUCGAUUUUGAGCUCGAAAUGGGGGUUUUCAUUUCCAAUCCAAUCAAGUAUGGUGAACCGACUCCUGCGUCUAGAGCUCAUGAUCAUGUCUUUGGGUUUGUACUUCUGAAUGACUGGAGUGCUAGAGAUAUCCAGUUCUAUGAGAUGGCUCCAUUAGGGCCGUUUAAUGGUAAAGCUACAGCAACGAGUAUCUCGCCUUGGAUUGUGACCCUUGAGGCGUUGGAAGAGGCUGGUGCACUCUUAACUACUGAAGAUCUAGGUCUAAGAGGAGGGAAGAACACGGCCAUUCCGUUCCUUCAUUGUCCAGAUGAUGUUGCAGUUCAGGUUUCUACAUCGUUGUCCCGAAACGGAGUGACUGAAGUUCUGCUCGGAAAAUCCGACCUUAAGCACCUCCACUGGUCUCCAUUUCAGAUGAUAGCCCACCACAGUAGCUCUGGAUGCGGUCUGGAAACAGGUGAUCUGCUUGGUACUGGUACCCUCUCUUCCAGCAGCGAGCAGAUCAAAGAAUUUGGAAGUGAUCAUAACCCAAUUCGUAGAUCGGGAUGUUUGGCUGAGCUUGUGUUGGGCGGCACUCGGCCUUUUAACUUGCCCGAUGAGUCUGAACUAGUUUGGUUGAAGGACGGUGAUACCGUUACUAUGGAAGGAUGGGCUGGCUCGGGAGAUCGUGUUAUUGGGUUCGGUAAGGUAUCUGCCAAAAUAUUGCCAGCCAAGGAAUUCCCCUGCUAA